AAAACACACGUGGUAGAUUGUGGUGGUGGAAAACACAUGGCGCAUUGUUGCGCAUGUUUUCUUGUUUACAUCAAAAACUCCUUUUAAUCUGAAAUUUACUGAAUAAUGCAACGCAAUGUCUCGUUUAAUAGUGAAGAAUUUGCCCAAAAGGGUUACUGAGGCGAAAUUAAAAGAACAUUUCGGUAAGGAGGGUACAAUUACUGAUGUUCAGCUCAAAUAUACAAAAGAUGGUGUAUUCCGAAGAUUUUGUUUCAUUGGAUUCAAAACUGAGGAGGAGGCACAAGCUGCUGUGGAACACUUUAAUAACACUUUCGUCGACACAUCCAAAAUUUCUGUAGAAUUAUGCGCCAAACUAGGCGAUCCUUCAAAGCCGAAAUCUUGGAGCAAGUAUGCAAUAGACAGUUCCGUUCACGAAAAACUUUCAAAUUCAAAGUCCGUGAAAACAGAAGAAGAGGGUCCAAAUAAAAAGGAAAAGUCAAAGAAAGAAAAGAAAAAUAGUGAAAUUAAGGAGAUUAUCAAGAAGCACAAAGAUGAUCCAUUAUUCGCUGAAUUUCUCGAAAGCCAUUCCACUAAUGCAGAUAAAAAAUUGUGGAGUAAUGAAGCUCAAACUUUGCUUAAUGAAAUUAAGGAAAGUAGCGAAAGUGGGAGUGAAUCUGAUAAAGACUAUUCGAAGGAAGUCGGGGAAAAAAAGGAUGAGAAAAAACUUGAUUUCGAGACUUUCCAAACUCUGAAGAAAGCAAAAGAAAGUAAAAAACAACCAGUCAAAUUCUUUACUGUUAAAGUUCGUGGUUUGAGUUACAAUCACAAGAAAAAGGAUUUAAAGCAGUUUUUCAAACCCUUAAAGGCAAAGUCGAUUCGUGUGCCUCAAAAAAUUAAAGGAAUCGCUUACGUGGGGUUUAAAACUGAAAAACUUAUGAAGCAAGCUUUGAGUAAACAUAAAAGUUUUUUAGAUGGAAAACAAAUAUUUGUAGCCAAAUAUGAACAAAAAGAGGGUCAAGAGGUGGAGAAUUGUGGUCAUAAAAGUGACAUCAGAUGGAAAAAACAGGCGGAUGCUCUCGCAGAUGAAGAAAGCAUCGCAGAGUCUGGAAGAAUGUUUCUUAGAAAUUUAUCCUAUGUGACAAAUGAAGAUGAUGUUAGAAAACUUUUUGAAAAAUAUGGUGAUUUGACUGAAGUUAACUUACCUAUAGACAAAAAUACCAGAAAACCGAAAGGAUUCGGAACUGUGACAUUCAUGCUGCCAGAGCACGCAAUAAAAGCUUAUUCGGAAUUGGAUGGCUCCAUUUUAAAUGGAAGAAUGCUUCAUAUUUUACCUGGAAAAGCAAAACAAUCUCCUGAGGACUUACUUGACAAUGAGAAUUUGAGUUACAAAGAGAAAAAGGAAUUAAAGACAAAAGCGACUGCUGGAUCGUCCCACAAUUGGAAUUCUCUCUUCUUGGGAACUGACGCCGUUGCUGAAGCGAUGGCUGCAACUUACAAUACUACAAAAGAAAAAAUUCUUGAAGACGGAUCGAAAGGAAUAAGUACGGCAGUGCGACUCGCUUUAGGAGAAACCCAAUUAGUAGAGACCACCAAAAAAUUUUUAGAGGAAAAUGGAGUCUGUAUAGAUGCUUUCAACCAGCCUCCAAAAAAGAGAUCAAAGACUGUGAUCCUCGUCAAGAAUUUACCGGCGCAAACGAGACAAGAGGAAAUUUUAGAGAUUUUUUCGCCACAUGGAGAAGUUGGACGUGUCGUUAUGCCGCCAGCAGGAAUCUCAGCAAUUGUCGAAUUCUUUGAACCGUCCGAGGCUCGAAAAGCAUUUACGAAAUUGGCUUACUCGAAAUUUAAGAACUUACCACUCUACUUGGAAUGGGCACCAAAUAAUAGUUUCACUUCUUCUGAAAAGGUCGAUACUGGUUCCGAAAAAUCAAAGAAAGGGGGUAAAGCCCAGAAUGGGACAGAUGAAGUGAAAGAAGAAAAUGAAACUAAAGUAGAGAAAAUAGAAGAGGAAGAUGAUGAAGAUGAUGAGGAGCCUGAACCUGACACAACUUUAUUUGUAAAGAAUUUGAACUUUUCAACAGUGGACGAGGACCUGAAAAAGCAUUUCAGUCGGUGUGGUCCACUUCACUAUGCAACGGUUGCUAUGAAAAAAGAUCCGAACAAUCUCAGCGCAAAGUUAUCAAUGGGGUAUGGAUUUGUGAGAUAUAAAUAUAAAGUUCAUACAGAUCGAGCUUUGAAAGAAUUACAAAUGACAAACUUGGAUGGGAAAACACUAGAGCUGAAAAGAUCAGAAAGAACAUUGCAGACUGAUGUGCAGUCAGCGAAGAAAAGUUCAAAGGUCACUCCGCAAACAGGAACUAAAAUUUUAGUAAGGAAUAUACCAUUUCAAGCAAACGCUAAUGAAGUUACUCAGUUGUUCAAGGUAUUUGGUGAUUUGAAAGCUGUGAGACUGCCAAAAAAAUUGGUUGGGGAUGAAAAGCACAGGGGAUUUGCUUUCGUCGAGUAUUCCACUAAAAAAGAUGCAAAAGUGGCUUUCAAAGCUCUGUGCCAAAGUACUCAUUUGUACGGUCGGCGUUUGGCUCUCGAAUGGGCGCAAAAAGAAGAGGGAAUCGAGGACAUCAGGAAACGAACAGUGAAACAUUUUCAUGCAGAAAAAUCUGACAAGCGGUCGAAGAAAGGAAAGGUUGAUCUUGAAUCUCUAGGCCUCGAAGAGAAGAAAGAAGAGGAAAUGUAAAAUCUGUAAUGUCCAUUUUCCUGAGGAAUUUGCUGAAAUCUUACUGAUUGGAUAAAAAAAUUUUAUUUAAAUAUCUCGUAACAGUCAUAUGUAUAAGAAUUCCAUAUAAUGUAUUGAGAUUUGUCACAUGAAGAUUCAACUGACCAAGAAAAACAGUAAUAGUAAUAUUUUGUAAAUAUCGACUAUAUUCUGUAAAUGGCAGACAUUUAUAUAAAGAGCGAUCGUUGGCUGUGGAGGAAAAACCAAUCAGAUUUAAAGUUGAAUAUAAAAAUUAUUUUAAAAGAGGAA